GUCCUCUUUCUUGCGUUCCUGGCUCCUGAUCGUGGCUCCAGCAUCGAAAGAGGCCCGUUUCUUCCCCUUCCGCCAAUAAACUCCAGCCAGCAGGGGAGGGUGUCUUGGCGCCUCUCCGCCACCAUUGCCCAGGAAUGUAGCUUGCAAGAGGGGGGCAAAACAAGACAAAUGCUGAACUAGCUUGGAGACCUCCUUCCAGCCUGAGCCCCGCUCCGUCAGUUGUCCAGACAUGGUGAAGUGGUAGCGACUUAUUCGGGCGGGGGGCUGCAGCCCACCCUGCCGCCGCCUCCUCCUCCCAUCUCUGCAACAGGAAUUCAGCCUUGAGUUUGGUUUGCAACAAGCUGGCAGAUUCUGGGCUGCGGAGGUGGCAGAGAAGGAAGUGAGUCGGAGAAAUCGCCUGGUACACAAAUGUUGGACAUUCACAGAGCUACCCGCAGGAGAAGGAUUACAACCAGCCCAAGAAGCGUGACGAAAUCUGGUUCUCCCACAAGUCAAGCUGCCUUUGAUGCUAAUUUUUAAGUCUUUUCCGUGACCUGAAAUGCUUACAAUAAAGCUGCCUCAGAUCUUCAGGAUCCACCAAGUACCUCGUAUCUUCUGGGAAGAUGGCAUCAUCUCGGGCUACCGUCACCCCAAAAGCUCCGCCUUGGACUGUAUACUCAGUUCCUUCCAAAUGAACAAUGAAACCAUCAACAUUUGGACACAUUUUCUUCCCACCUGGUAUUUCUUGUGGCGAUUCCUGAUGUUGUCCUACUGUCUGGAUUUUUGGCGGGAUACCUACAGUUGGCCCUUCCUGGCCUAUAUGGGGCUUGUGUGCCUCUAUCCCUUCACAUCCAGCUGUGCCCACACUUUCAGCACCAUGUCAACCCACGCCAGACACAUCUGUUACUUCUUGGACUAUGGAUCACUCAGCCUCUACAGUUUAGGCUGUGCUUUCACGUAUGGAGCCUAUACAAUGCCUGACCGCUGGGUGAAUGGCCCUUUGCACCAUUACUUUGUCCCUGUGGCCACCUUUAAUUCCUUUCUCUGCACAAUCCUGUCCUGUUACUCCAGAUUUUUGGAACUGGAGUGCCCUCCUCUGAGCAAGACCUUGAGGACAGCGGCUUUUGUCUACCCCUUCAUCUUUGACAACAUACCACUGUUCUAUAGGCUUUUCUUCUGUUUUGGUGAAGACUGCACUUGGAAUGAUGCCAUAGCUGGUUAUUUCUAUCACCUUUUCUUUGCCCUCCUCACUGGCUUCCUCUUUGCAUCCCACCUGCCGGAACGCCUGGCUCCAGGUCGCUUCGAUUACAUCGGGCACAGUCACCAGCUGUUCCACAUCUGCGCAGUGGUAGGCACCCACUUCCAGCUGGAAGCUGUCUUGUGUGACUUGCACUUGCGCCGGGACUGGUUGAGCACCAAUGCGCCAGCAGCCACCUUCACACGCACUUUUGCCACCCUCGGCACCGCCCUGCUGGGGAACAUGGUUCUCAUUGCUUUCUUCACUGUCACCCUCCUCCGUUCCUCCAUCACCACCGUGACCCUGCAGAGCACUCUUUCUGAGGCAGAGCAACACAAGGAGAAGUGACCGUUCUCGAGGACAGUGGUUUUGGUAUCAGGGGAAAGCUUCCCCCUGCUCUGGGCUCUUCCUUCUGAGCACUCUGAGUUAGUUUGCUCAGCACUGCACCUUAUACCUCAAUAUGAUGCAUCUGGAGGCAUAUAGUACCCUUCUUAAGAGACCUCUCAAUUUUAAUGUUUCCCCCUAAGCCUGAGCACCUUAAAAAGAGACAGAAACUUAGUAGGGCUUGUGUCCACCGUGUUUGGUGCCAAGAGGAAAUGCAGCCAGUGUUCGGGUGAGCAACUUACAUGUACCCCUCCAAAGAAAGGGAAGGGGUUGCAGGAGGUGAUGCAUAGGUUCUGGUUGCUGUCCAGGUCAGCCAAAGCUGCCUUAGUACUUGUCUGGACAUUCCUUACAGGGCCACAAGGACACAGGUUUAGAUGUCCACUUCCCAGGAAGCUCUGCCUUAUGGCUUAAAUUCUAGAGCCACAGGAUAUCCUGCCACCGUGGUUUAGUGGUUAAGAGCAGGUGCACUCUGAUCUGGAGAACAGGGUUUGAUUCCCCGCUCUGCCACUUGAGCUGUGGAGGCUUAGCUUGUGCACUC